AUGGCAUCAUCCACCAAGCCUGUCUGGUUCGUGACGGCCGCCUCGAGCGGCUUUGGACGCGAAAUCGUCCACAUUGCGCUUCGCCGCGGUCACGUCGUUAUAGCCACCGCCAGAAAACCCGACCGCAUCCAGGACCUCGCCAACGCGGGCGCCGACGUCAUGGCUUUUGAUGUCACGUCUCCGAAGGAAACGAUAGACGCGACGGCAAAGCAGGUCUUUGGCAAGUACGGCCGUGUGGACUAUCUCAUCAAUGCGGCGGGGUACAUCCUGGAAGGUGCCGUCGAAGAGAUCACCAAAGAAGAGGUGUUCAAGUGCUUCGACACCAACGUUUUCGGGGCCAUGAGCACCAUUCGCGCGUUCCUGCCGGGCAUGAGGGCACAGGCGGUCGCCGCCAACGGCGUGCGAGGCACGGUCGUUACAUUCGGAAGCCUGGGUAGCUGGGUUGGCGGCGCCAGCUAUGCGGCAUACGGCAUGACCAAGGCUAGCACGUCGAUGCUUGCCGAGGCCCUCAGCUUGGAACUGGCGCCGUUCAGCAUCAGAGUAACCGCCGUCGAGCCAGGGUACUUUCGUACGGGAUUCCUCAACCCAGGCACCAUGCUCCAUGCGCGCACGCCCAUCGACGCCUAUGAGGACGAGAAUACGCCCACCGGAGAGUCCCGGCGGGCGCUGACACGCACUGACGGCAAGCAGGCCGGCGAUGUCAAGAAGGGUUCCAAUGUAAUUGUUGAUGCCUUAACGGGUACAGGCGUCGGCGCGGGGAAACAGCUCCCUGUUCGCAUUGUGUUGGGCAAGGACUGUGAGCAAACGAUCCGGGACAAGUUUACGAGCACGGUGCGGAUCCUGGAUGAAUGGAAGGACGCCAUCCGGAGCACUGAUCACGACGAUGUAGCGUGA